AUGGGUUCCAGCAGCGGUGACUUCCUCGGAAAGCACCAGCAUGAUGAUACGCAAAUCGUCGACCGCAAGCUUGAGGAUGUUGAUGUCGCGGCCCAGCUCGCUGCUGGCUCUGACGAGGUCAUUAACCCGGUGAUCGCCGCCAGACUCAGACGGAAGAUAGAUUGGCACCUUAUGCCUUUGAUGUGCAUAAUGUACCUGAUGACAUUUGCGGACAAGACAACUCUAGGACAGUCUGCGGUGCUAGGAAUAAUUCCGGGGGCCCACCUCAACCAAAACCAAUUCAAUUGGCUUGGUACCAUAUUUUACCUGAGUUAUCUUGUAUUCGAAUACCCGCAAAACCUUGCCCUACAGUAUCUUCCUGUCGGCAAAUGGAUGAGUAUCAACAUUUUCAUUUGGGCAGUCGCGUUGCUUUCGCAUGCCGCCUGCAAGUCAUUUGGGGCACUGUUCGCCGUCAGGUUUAUUCUCGGCGUCUGUGAAGGUGCCAUCACUCCGGGCUUCAUGAUAGUCACGUCCAUGUUCUACACACGGGCCGAACAGACACGUCGUGUUGGCUACUGGUUUCUCAUGAAUGGAUUCGCUAUAAUAUUCCUUGGCUUUGUCAGCUUUGGCGUCUUGCAUACGAAAACCCAUAAUUUCAUGCCAUGGCAAUGGCUCAUGAUCAUCACUGGUAUCAUCACCCUUGCGACAUCAGUUAUCUUCUGGUUCUUCUUCCCCGACUCUCCCACUAACGCACGGUUCUUAUCGCCUGAUGAACGCCGACUUGCCGUCUUGCGGAUCAAGGACAAUCAAGCGGGCGUAGAAAACAAACAUUGGAAGAGGGAACAAUUCGUGGAGACUCUUGGUGAUCCCAAGAUAUGGGUUAUGGCACUGUUUGCCGCCAUCUCACAAAUCACCAAUUCGCUUACCAACCAGAGACAACUUAUCAUCAAUCAGUUCGGCUUCACACCCAUUCAAACGACCCUGCUCGGGUGUGUCGAUGGUUUCAUGGAAAUCGUCACCAUAUUUCUUGGUGUUACCAUGGCUAGCUAUUGGACGGGUGGACGUGGGUAUACCGCGGCGCUUUUCUACAUUCCAGCUAUUCUUGGCGAAGUACUGGUCAACACCUUACCAUCACACAACAAGGUCGGAUUGCUCUUCGGAUACUGGGUGUCAAUUUUCGCUAUCACACCCUUUCCGAUUUUCCUUGGGUGGAUGGGAUCCCUCGUAGCAGGCCACACUAAGCGAACCACUACGAAUGCAAUCAUAAUGUGCGCCUAUGCCAUUGGCAACGCUGCCGGUCCAUUCAUGUGGAAGAAGCAAUACCAACCAAGGAAUCAUGUUCCAUGGGCUGUUAUUGCUGCAUGCUCACUAGCAUCUGCCAUACUCCUCCUUAUCCUCCGUUUCAUGCUCGCACAAGAAAACAAACGACGAGAUGCAGAACCUCGUGAUGACUCCUACGACAAUGUAUAUAUAAAUCAGGUCAACGCUCAAGGAAAAGUAGUACAACAGAAAGUCGAUAGGGCAUUCCAGGAUCUUACCGACAUGCAAAAUCAAGACUUCAGAUACGUUUUGUAG